AUGUUUGUGUGUAUAUUAACUUCCACAGCCGCCCCACACAUUGAGCUUCCAGAUCGCUACGGACAAGGGCUUCGGUUCUGCCGUGGUGACACCAUCAAAGUCCGCAUUCCAAUCUCGGGCACUCCAACUCCUAAAACCACCUGGACUAGAGGCCGUGAGACGCUAGAGGUCGGAGGCCGCAAAGGUCGUGUGGACAUUGCAGGAACUAACCUCCACUCAACAUUGAUUAUUGAAGACUGUGUGAAAUCUGAUGAAGGGGAUUACACUCUUGAGAUAACAAACCAGCUUGGUUCCGCAACAGUUGAAGUUCACAUCUCUGUCGUAGAACCUCCAGAUGCACCUAAAAAGCCAGACAUCAGGGAAGCAGACAAGCACAGUGUGGAUCUAUGCUGGGAGCCACCAGCAUAUGACGGAGGCUCACCCAUCACAGGUUACGUGGUUGAACGCUGCGACCCCAUCACUCACAUCUGGCGUUGGGCCCUGGCCACCUCCCAGCCAUUCUGCACUGUUGCUUGUUUGGAAGAGCAUGGCGAGCAUAGGUUCCGUGUUAUGGCUGAGAAUCGGUUUGGUGUCAGUGAGCCAAGCGAAGAGUCUGAGAUUGUCAUCACCAGAGAAAUCUUGCCAGCCAUAAACUAUGAUGAACUUUUUGAUGAGAAGUUCCUCGGCUCCCAUGUGGAUGUCAAUUGUAUUCAAGGGGAUGUGCUUGGGAAAUACAUCAUCUGUGAGGAGCUUGGAAGGGGAGCAUUUGGUGUGGUCCACCGAGCCGUGGAAAGAGCUACCGGCAAGAACUGGGCCGCCAAAUUUAUCCACUGCCGACCCCAAGACAAGGAUGUCAUCAGACAUGAGAUUGACAUCAUGAACAGCCUGCACCAUCCCAAGCUACUGCAGCUGCAUGAGGCCUUCGACCAGAGGGGAGAAAUGGUCAUGAUCCUUGAGCUGCUGAGUGGAGGAGAGCUAUUUGACAGACUAGUGGAAAAGGAGUACACCUUGACAGAGGAGGACUGUAUCACAUACAUGAAGCAGAUCUGUGAGGGAGUCCAGCAUAUGCAUCAUAACAACAUCCUUCACCUGGACUUGAAGCCUGAGAACGUCAUGUGUGUUACAAAAGAGAGCAACGAUGUGAAGAUCAUUGAUUUUGGUCUGGCCCAGAGUCUGGAGGAAGGAAAGUCUGUCAAGGUUCUUUUUGGAACAGCAGAGUUCUGUGCUCCUGAAAUCAUCAAUUACGAGCCUGUUUCAUUCUCCACUGACAUGUGGUCUCUUGGAGUUGUCACCUACGUCUUACUCAGUGGCUACUCUCCAUUUGCCGGGGAUGACAACCACCAAACAUUCCAGUUUGUGAACCAGGCAGACUACGACUUUGAUGAUGAAGUCUGGGAACGUGUCUCUGACGAUGCUAAGGACUUCAUUAAACACCUGCUCAUCAAGGACAAAAAGCAAAGGAUGACAAUAGACGAGGCUUUGAACCAUCCUUGGCUCAAUCCAAGUCCUCGUGCACAUCUUGCUGCUGAUGUAGUGGAUGGUUCCACCCAGAAGAAGCUCACAGGCAAACCAUUGUCUACAGCUCAUCACAAGGACUACCGCAGCCGCACAAAACACAAGGAAGAUGAGAUGGAUGUUCUGCCUAUUGGACGCCUGUCUAGAGACAGUGCUGUCAUGAGGAAGGAAGGCGAUCAAGGCAUUGUCAUGAGGAAGUUAGUUAUGGAAAUGCCAGAACAUGCUCCAUCAUUCCUCGAAGACCUGGUUGAUGUCACUGGCUUUGAAGGGUCAAGGACUCAGCUGGCCUGCAAGGUCAUCGGUAAACCAACUCCCAAGGUCACAUGGUUCAAAGAUGGAAACCCUGUCCCAGAGGAUGAGCGCCACCGUGUAACAUUUAAAGAUGGAGAAGCCAGUCUCCAGGUCACAGAUUUGACUACUGAAGAUUCUGGAAUCUUCACCUGCAAGGCUGCCAAUCAUCUUGGAGAAGCUGAGACAAGUGCAAAGAUCACAAUAGAAGAAGUCAGACACAGAAGGAAGAGACUGGAGGAUGAAGAAGCCACCAUUAGACUCACACGUCCGGCCCAUGUCUAUGAUUUCACAGUGGAAGACACCAACAUUCCACCAGAGUUUACUCUUCCACUGGUGGACCAGACUAAGACAGUUGGAGAUGACGUUACUUUUACUGUUACAGUCACCUGCCGACCCGAACCUGAUGUGGUGUGGUACCAUGGCAGCGAGAAAGUGUCCCGCUCAAGUCGCAUAUCAUUCCUCCAUGACAAGGGUGUCUACCGUCUGACCAUCCUCAACCUGACCACCAAGGAUGCUGGAGAAUGGAGAUGUCAGGCCAUCAAUUCCUAUGGCGAGGCCUGGUGUGAAUGUGACCUCAAAGUUAUAGAACACAUUCCAGAAGGUCACACAAAGCCCAGGUUUGUGAAAGAGUUGGAGUACACCACUGCCACACAGGGAAGUCUGGUCAGAUUGGAGUGUGCUGUCACUGGAGAACCCAAGCCAAACAUCAAAUGGUUCAAGGACCGCAAGAGAAUUGACUCUGAUGCUCAUUACAAGAUCCGAACCUAUGAAGAUGGCACCAUUACUUUAGUUAUUGAGGUUGCUGAAGUGGAGGAUACAGGAUCUUACUUGUGUGUCGCAGAGAAUGAUGCUGGUUCAGUUUCUACUGAAUCUAGGCUGAGAGUACAGAAAGUGUAUGAGGAAAGACCAUCAGUGUAUGAUGUCACUUCUAUGGCUUAUGAUGUCCAUGAACAAGAAGCAGUUGAGGUCAAGAAAUACCGAGUCCAAGUGCCACCAGAUUUUACUGCCAAACUGAAAAACAAAACAGUGCCAGAGGGCGCCACUGUCAGACUGAACUGCUCGGUUACAGGAAUACCUGAACCACAGGUUAGGUGGUUUAAGGAUGACAAGGAAAUCUUUGAUGGUCCUGAGUAUACACUGAGGGAAGAGCUGGAGGGUUUGGAACUGGACUUUCUGCGGCCCAAGUUUGUCACUCAGAUCCAUGACAUCUAUGUGAAUGAGGGAGAAGAUGCCACCUUCACUUGCACCGCUACAGGCAAACCCAUGCCAGCAUUCAAAUGGCAGCGAGACUUGAUCAAGAUCACAACAUCCAAGCGGGUGGAGUCUGAAUGGGACAACCAAGGCCAUGCCAAGCUGACACUGAAGAAUGUCAAGCCAUCUGAUGGAGGCCUUUACUACUGCAUUGCCCAUUCUAGAUCUGGGAGAGCCAAAUGUUCUGCAUAUCUCCACGUUAAAGCCAAAACACCACCCCCUGCAACCACUAAGGAAGCAGCUGAGUUCGUGAGGGCAGCAGCCAGAGAUAUCAGAUCAGUAGAGAGGGGAGCAACUCUGGGAGCACCCCCAAGUCUUUCCCUGAUGUUACCUAGAACCCUGGAUGUGGUGUUGGGUGAGCGGCUGAAGCUGGAUUGUGCCGUUCAAGGCUACCCACCACCAUUAGUGACCUGGCACAAGGGAGACAGAGAGCUGGUGUAUAGCCAACGCCAUCGCAUUGUCCUGUGUGGUACGCUACACACACUGGAGAUACCCCAGGCCAUGGCACUAGACAAAGGUGAAUACAUCGUCCGGGCCACCAACAUUUACGGGACUGUGGAGUCUUCAUGUCUUGUCAACAUCUUGCCCAAAGGGUCCAAAGUAUCAACACCACCUGACUACAGGAGAGAAGCCAUGAGAGAUGCUGCAAAACCGCAGAUUCAUGCUCCUUUCUUCAUUAAACAUCUCCCCAAGACCAUUGAUGUCAUGCAGGGCAUAGAUGUGAGACUGGACUGCAUACUGCGCAGAGGAAUUGAACUUGUCCGCUGGUCAUCAUCCCAGUCCCCAUCUCAUGAUCUGGAAAAGUCCAGAAAACAACUAGCAGAUGAAGGUUUCCGUGGAGAGUUCAUUCCCAUGGAGACGAGGUCACAGGAACAGGCAGCCCCUCCUCCUAGGGAAGACAAAAAGUCAG